GUCAGAGUGUGUGGAACAAGCGGUCUGUUUGGCUCGUGUUGAGUAUUGAGAAACAAAGAUGUACCGGCCCAAGCCCACCCUGAGAGACCGGCAGCAUCUGUACAAGUUGAUCAUCAGCCAGCUUCUGUAUGAUGGCUACACCAACAUCGCCAACUGCCUGAUCAGCGAAGUGAAGCCGCAAAGCGUGGUGUCGCCCUCCGAGCAACUCAUGCAGCUCGCCAAGAUGGGAAUGGAGAACGAUGACAGCGCAGUACAGUAUGCCAUAGGCCGCUCAGACACGGUGGCACCCGGCACCGGGAUUGAUCUUGAGUUUGACGCUGAUGUGCAGACCAUGUCCCCCGAAGCCUCGGAAUAUGAGACCUGCUAUGUCACCUCGCACAAGGGACCUUGCCGUGUGGCCACUUACAGUCGAGAUGGGCAGCUUAUUGCCACAGGCUCUGCAGACGCCUCCAUAAAGAUCCUGGAUACGGAGCGCAUGCUGGCUAAAAGUGCCAUGCCCAUCGAGGUGAUGAUGAAUGAGACGGCACAACAGAAUAUGGAGAACCAUCCUGUGAUCCGCACAUUGUAUGACCAUGUGGACGAGGUCACCUGUUUGGCCUUCCAUCCCACAGAACAGAUCUUGGCCUCUGGUUCACGCGACUACACCCUCAAACUGUUUGACUACUCCAAGCCCUCUGCAAAGAGAGCAUUUAAGCACAUACAGGAAGCGGAAAUGCUGCGAUCCAUCUCCUUCCAUCCAUCAGGCGACUACCUGCUGGUGGGAACACAGCAUCCAACUCUGCGGCUCUAUGACGUCAACACCUUCCAGUGUUACGUGUCGUCCAACCCCCGGGACCAGCACACUGACACCAUCUCUGGGGUCUGCUACAACCCCAGCGCCAACAGCUUUGUGACCUGCAGCAAAGAUGGCAGCAUCAAGCUGUGGGAUGGUGUGUCCAACCGCUGCGUGGCCACUUUCGACAAGGCCCAUGACGGGGCAGAGGUCUGCUCCGCUGUUUUCUCCAAGAACUCCAAAUACAUCCUGUCCAGCGGAAAGGACUCGGUGGCCAAGCUGUGGGAAAUCUCCACUGGCAGGACGCUAGUUAAGUACACUGGUGCGGGUUUGAGCGGCCGACAGAUGCAUCGCACCCAGGCCGUGUUCAAUCACACAGAGGACUACGUGCUGCUGCCGGACGAGCGGACCAUCAGCCUCUGCUGCUGGGACUCGCGCUCGGCCGAGAGGAAGAACCUCCUGUCCCUUGGCCACAACAACAUAGUGCGCUGCAUCGUGCACUCUCCCACCAACCCCGGCUUCAUGACCUGUAGCGAUGACUUUAGGGCCCGCUUCUGGUACCGCCGCACCACAACAGACUGAGAGGCCUGUUAGCUCAUCCCAAACUGUGGUGGGAAUGAUCUCCUUUUACCCAAUUGCAGUCUUGCUCCGCCCACCACACUCCCACCCAGCUCAUCUGCCUGUCUUGCUGUGGCCACGCGAGGAUGACGCGGACUGGUUCAGCUUAAGUUCCAUGUAGAAGUUCUUGUUCGGGAAGGUUUUAGUUGAGUUGCUUGAUUAAACAAAUAUCUCACAAUUAUGACUUUCCCUUCGAUCCUGUUGGAUGACUUAGCUAGGGGGCACUGUUUUGCAGCUGAAUGCUAAUUGGUGAAUGUCAUGGUUUAGGAGUAUCUUUAAGAUGGCUUUUUAGACAGUUGUUGUUGGGGAAAAUGACUGCAGAGCAAGCAAUUGUAAUACUGAUUUGUAAAAAAAAUGCCUUUUUGCAUUUUACA